AUGUCGCGUGUCCACUACAAGUUCUUCUCCAGGCUGAACUAUGAUACGGUCACCUUCGACGGCCUCUACAUCUCUCUGCAUGACCUCAAGCUCCAGAUCAUGGGCCACGAGAAGCUGACGGCGGCCAGCUGCGACCUGCAGAUCACCAACGCCCAGACCAAAGAAGAAUACACAGAUGGUAAUGCCCUGAUUCCUAAGAACUCAUCGGUAAUUGUUAGAAGAAUCCCCGCUGGAGGAGUUAAAGUCACCAGCAAAACCUGUGUUAUAAGUCGUACCGAGCCAGUGAGUGGAACAUCAAAAGCAGUAUGUAAAAACACAAUCUCACACUUUUUUCUACACACUGCACUUAAUUCUAAACAACGUAGCCUUGUAUUAAUUUUCCAGACAUUAACUAAUUAUAUAUUCCAGUAAAACCUGGUGUAUGUUGUAAAGACAAUGUCUUUGAUUCAGCAUAGGAAAAACUGGGUAAUGCCAUCAUUUGCACAGUCCUAAUGUAAAUAUUGGUAUUUGUGCCUAGUGAUGCAUUGCAUUUCAUAUUGAAUAUGCUAGAAUAUUUCCUGUAUGACUUUGUGUUGUACAGGUAAUGUAUGAUCGCUUUUAGAUCAUGUAGGUCCGAGGUUUGCACAACUGAACAUGGUGCCCUGUUCUACAUCUGUGUAUAGCUAGUAAUGCGUAUGUUUGUACAGGUUGUUUUGUGCUUUUUGUUUCUUGGAAUCCAAAUUGUUUGGAGUGAAUUUUCUGCCAUUUCCACAUUAUAUCACUUAGCAUUUUUUUUUAAAUACUCUUUUUGCCUAAUGGAUUUUGAAAAUGUUAUCAAAACCCACUGAGAAACCACUGUGCUUAAACUUGGUACUGUUUCUUACUUUUGACCUGGGGGUUCAAACAAAUACCCAAACCAACACAUCCCAUACGUUUUGAGGACAGUCAUGUGCAGCUAAAUGUUUCCUUUUCAUGUCCUUAAAUGCUUGGGUAUUUGUUCCUAAAAGUGUAUAAUUGAAGUGAUAUUAUUUCGGCCCCUCUGAGUACAUGUAUGUCUUUAAGAGAUUGCCAUGAAUUUAAAUAUGGUUGCUACACAAAGUGGUAUUCUGACGUUCUGCGUUUGAUCUUUCCACUCUAUCUGAUGAAGCAGUUUAGUUUAAUAGUUUGUCUGCAAAUGAAAAUAUCUAAAACCCAGUGUACAGGUUUUGGCACAAGGUUAGAGGCUGGUGUAUUUGUGGGUAAAAUCCCUGUCAUUUUUCUGAACUUCUGCCUGCAGUACUUUUUUGGAUCUGGGUGGCUUCGGGGUUGGAUGCUGCUUUGAUUUCCCAAAGGUUAAGCCUUUCUUUAGU